UCACUUCCCUCAGAAGAACACAGUGAAACAAUCCCCUCAAUAGAACAUAGUCGAUCACUUUCCACAGAAGAACACAGCCACUCACUUCCCUUUGAAGGACACAGCCAAUCACUCCCCUCAGAAGAACACAGCCAAUCACUCCCCUCAGAAGAACACAGCCAAUCACUCACCUCAGAAGAACAUAGUAAAUCACUCCCCUCAGAAGAACACAGUCAGACAAUCCUGUCAGAAGAACACAACCAACCACUCCCUUCAGAAGAAGACAGGUGCUCCCUCCUCUCAGAACACAGCCGAACAGUCCCCAUAGAAGAACACAGCCAAACACUCCCCUUAGAAGAACACAGUCGAUCACUACCCUCAGAAGAACACAGUCCAUCACUCCCCCCAGAAGAGCACAGUCCAUCAGUCCACUCAGAAGAACACAGUCGAUCACUCCACUCAGAAGAACAUGGUCAAACACUCCCCUCAGAGGAACACAGACGAUCAUUCCCCUCAGAAGAACACAGCCAAACACUCCCUUUAGAAGAACACAGGCGCUCCCUCCUCUCAGAACACAGCCAAACACUCCCCUCAGAUGAACACAGUCACUCACUCCCCUCAGAACAACACAGUCAAAUAAUCUCCUCAGAAGAACACAGCCACUCACUCCCCUCAGAACAACACAGUCGAUCACUCCCCUCAGAAGAAAACAGUCAUACAAUCCACUCAGAAGAACACAGCCUCUCACUUACCUCAAAAGAACAUAGUCAAACAGUCCCCUCAGAAGAACACAGUCACUCACUACCCUCAGAUAAACACAGUCGCUCACUCCCCUCAGAUAAACACAGUCAGUCACCCCCCUCAAAAGAACACAGUUUCUCACUCCCUUCAGAUAAACACAGUCAGUCAUCCCCCUCAGAAAAAUACAGUCAAACACUCCCCUCAGAAGAACACAGUCAAACAGUCCCCUCAGAAGAACACAGUCGCUCACUACCCUCAGAUGAACAAAGUCGCUUACUCCCCUCAGAAGAACACAGUCGCUCACUCCCCUCAGAAGAACACAAUCAGUCACCCCCCUCAGAAGAACACAGUCGCUCACUCCCCUCAGAA